AUGUUUCGUAGGUCACUGGAAAUAGGAAAUGGUCCUGAUGAACACUACCUUCAGCAAGUUAUUUUGUCUUGUCUCUAUACGUGUGUGCAGCAGGUGCUAUCGUCGGAAGAUGGCAACACUCGUGAAACAAGUGUGAAACUGAAAGAAGAACAUUUUCAAGUCGAACUAAUUGUCCAAGUCAUUCGUGUCUCGGAAAAUCCACAAACACAAAACCUGGCUUUGUUGCUUUUAAAUCUUGUCGCUUCCCGUUUCUCCGAGCAUGUUCUGCAUAAUAUCAUGGCAAUUUUCACUUUUAUGGGAGCAAGUUUAGUACGUCAGGAUGAUACCUACAGCUUCCAAGUGAUCAGCCAGACAAUCGAGACCAUUAUCCCAGCUCUUCUUGAGACAAGCAACCAAACUGGAACUACAGAUGAAACCAAAAAAACCGUUGCCAUGGUAACAAGGGUAUUUGUAGAUGCUGUUCUGGAUAUUCCACAACAUCGACGAUUACCUGUUUUUUCCAAGCUAAUUCACACCCUUGGUCCAAAGCAGUACUUGUGGAUUCCUCUUGGUCAAGUGUUUGACCGACACAUAACCAAGCAACCUGUUCAGGGACCUGCCGAGGAAAAGGUUCAAGGAACACUACCUCCUCUGGUGGACUUUGCUGUCUCACUAAGCCAGUGUUUUCAGCCCAUGAUCCAUAAUGAGCUUUUACUUCUGAGUGUAACGACCACGUUGCAGAGGUUAUUAGAAAACCUGGCAGCCUUCCUCAGCUCCUACUUGCCAGUUAUCAUAAAUCAGGUCUGUAUUUUGUCAGCCGGUCAUCCUGACAGUGAGGGACAAAAAACACCCCUUCAACAAAGGUUAAAAGUUGUACGCCAUCAUCUAGCCACUUCACUAGCUUCAAGAGUGUUAGUACCUACAAUAGAGAAAUGUUAUCUUUUCUUCAUUGAAACGAAACAGGACAAGGGAAUUGGCCAACUGAUGUCCAUCUUCAGUGAACACUUAACUGCGAUGAGUAAAGAAGACCUAAAUGCACAUAUACUACAGAUGCAGAAUUUUUUUGUGGGGUCUCUGAACUAUCGUAGUGAACAUUAUAAGCUAUUCAUGUGGGCAACUCAAGACAGUGAAUGUCAAGAUAAAGUGCUAACAUUUUACAGACUUAGCGACAGUUUGGCUUCAAAACUGAAGAGUUUGUUUGUCUUGUUUGCUGGACAUUUGGUGAAGAAUGUAUCUUAUCUGUUGGAUCAGAACAACAUGGCAAAAACAGAGUCGUUAUACUUUGGAGGAGAAGCCGGUGAUGUUCAGAAGUCAUGUAUGUUGUUACAGUACAUUCUUUCCACAUUAGAGAAGUGUUUCCUCUAUGAUAAUGAAGGAUUUGUCACCAGAGAGCGCUUUGAAACCUUGAUGCAACCUCUGUUGGAUCAGGUUGAAAAUCUACUAGGUACUGACGAGGAUUACCAAGACCGAAUAAUCAAGUUUUUGGUGCCUUGUGUAGCCCAAUUUGCUGUUGCAGCGAAGGACAACAGUUUGUGGAAGUCACUCAACUACCAACUUCUUCUGAAGACCCGGCAUACAUCGGCCAAAGUUCGAUAUGCAGCCCUUCAAGUGAUCCGAGAAGUGGUAGUAAAGUUGGCUGAGGACUACAUGGUUCUGUUGCCAGAGGCGAUCCCUUUCCUGGCUGAACUCAUGGAAGAUGACAGCACAGAGGUGGAGCAGCAAUGCCAGUCUGUUAUAGCCGAAAUGGAACAGGUUUUGGGAGAACCUUUAGCUAAAUAUUUUUAAAUCCUUUAGAAAAACGAGUAUACCUUGACAGUACCAAACCGUGUUUUGUUGAGUUUUUUUCAUACUUACUAAAAGUUGUAAAUAAUUUUAAUAAAUGUUUUUAUUUCA